UUUUUCAUUGAAAUAUCUUAGAUAUCAAUUAAAUUCGUGAUGAAUUCUUAACAUUUUCUGCUUUGUUGUGCUUUAUCCUCCUCUAUAACCAAUCACAAUUUUUUUAAUUAAAUUUCAGGGAAGAGCAGAUUGGAGACGUCAAACAGUCAUACAGACCAAAUGGAUGUUGAUCAGGAGCCGGCAGUUUACUUGGAAGAGGAAAUUCUUGCGUUGAAAGUUGGUUCCUGGAGAAAAAUCAAUAAACAUCCUCAUGGCGUUUACAAUGCGGUGACUCGUACUCACUCUUUGGCAUUUGUCCGUGAGGCAUUUCAUUGGAUCGGUAAUUCAAGAGAACGUGGCUCAAGACACUCUAGCUCAAUAGAGUAUUCUCUGGUGUCAUUUUGUAUUUCAAAAGAAAUUUAUGGAGAGAUACCCUUGCCGGAGGAAAUAUUAUCCCUUGAGGGCAUCGUCUUUUUUGGUGUUUCAGUAUUGGACGGAAUGCUAUGAGUUCAUGCUACUAAAAAUUUGUGCGGGUUCGAAACUUUGAAGUUAUGGGCAUUGAAAGACUAUGGUGUCAAGGAAUCUUGGAGUGCAUUGUUUACUAUGGAAGAUCCCUUGAUUUAUAGAUUCAUACCGAGAUAUAGAUUUGCUGAUGGUGAACUGCUAUUCAGUUGCAUACAUUUGCCAAGUGAUGAGCCUUUAUUUCGUACAUCCAGUGGACCAUUUUUGUCAUGGCCGGAUGCUGGCUAUGUUGGAGGAGUAGCAUAUACAGAAAGCUUGAUCUCUCCGAGAUCACUUAUUUAUUAGUUUCUUGUGUAUGAUAGAUGGUCCUGCGAAAACAACCUCUUUCUCCACGAGGUAGAGUUAAAGGUAUGCAUGUACUCUACCUUUCCCUGAACCCACUUGUGGGAUUUCAGUGGGUAUGUUGUGUGUUAGGUAUUAUCGAUGCGCUUUUCUUUUUCCAAUAAUUAUAUUACAAUCUUGUAUUCUUAUAAGGAUUGUGGCUGGACAUGUUUAAACUUUUUGAUAGACUAAUUAAUAGUUUAUGGGAAAAGGCUCAAAUGUGCCACUGAA